AUGGGUGAGAAAGUUGAGCCAGUCAAGAAGAAGAGAAAACUUGUUAAGGGACUUCCUAAAUUCAACCCACCAAAACAGGUAAACCCUCCAAAACAACCACCCAAACCACCUGUUGCAUUUAUGAGAACAAACCCACUUGCACUAACACAAACACAAACUAUCAUUGAACCAUCUGCAUCAAUAAACACCACAGUUCACACUGGUAGGCGGUCACAAACAAUUGUAGCACCAUCUGCAAAAGUCAACACAUUUGUACAAGCUCACCCAAACACAAUUAACAUUGCUAAGCCUAGUGCAAAGGUCUACACCAAUGUUAAGACUACCAACACAUUUCAAACAACUGUGAAACCAUCUGUUGAUGUGAGUACAACAGUAAACACAUCAACACAUUCAAAAACAUAUGUUAAACCAUAUACCAUUGUGAAAACUAUUAAAAUCUGUUCCACCCAAACCAUCUGUUGCACCAACACAAGCACCAAGACAAGCAAAGUCAGAAGGUAA